AUGAACAAGCCGCUACGGUUAGCGUGCGAUGCAUUUGCUUAUGGGGUCGGAGCUGUGAUCUCCCACAUUUGUGACAACGGAGAGGAGCGUCCCAUUGCAUACGCGUCACGAACUCUAUCGGCGAGUGAAAAGAAUUACGCUCAGGUGAAGAAGGAAGCGUUGGGUCUGGUGUUUGGUGUCCGGAAGUUUCACAAGUAUUUGUAUGGGCGUCAGUUCACCCUGGUGACGGAUCACCAGCCGGCCGAACAUCAUGCCAAUGCAGACGCGUUUUCGCGGUUGCCUGUCAAAAGUGACGGGAAGUCGGAGGAAUUGAAGGUCUACCACUUCACUCAGUUGAAUGACUUACCAGUAACAUCUGAGGACGUUGCGAAGGGGACGAGACGUGAUGUAGUGCUGUCGAAGGUACUUGACUAUACACUGCGAGGUCGGCCUAAUUAUGUGUCAGAUCGCGACCUGCAACCAUUUCAUCAGCGCAGGAAUGAACUGUCUACUGAGCAGGGUUGUGUGUUGUGGGGUUUGCAUAUAAUCAUCCCACAAGCCUCUCGAGAGCGUAUUCUGGCCCAACUACAUGAACAGCAUGUUGGAAUGAGCCGGAUGAAAUCUCUAGCCCGGAGUUAUCUGUGGUGGCCUGGCCUUGAUAAAGACAUCGAAACAGUGGUCAGUGCCUGUAAUGCAUGUCAGGCUACGAGGAAAAUGCCCCCGGUGGCACCCCUUCACUCCUGGUCAUGGCCUACUCGUGUUUGGCAGCGUGUCCACAUAGACUUUGCGGAGAAAGACAAGAGAUACUUUCUUGUGGUUGUGGACAGUCACAGUGGGUUGAGGUGA